UCAACCAUCGAUCAUCUUCCCUCCUCUCCCCCCUCCAUUCUGGCACAUAAACUACCAUGGCUGAAUUCAAGACCGUUGCCGAAUCCUUCGUCACCUUUUACUACCAGACCUUCGAUACCAAUCGUAACGCUUUGGUCCCUCUCUACAGGGAUCUUUCGAUGAUGUCUUGGGAGAGCCAGGAGACUCAGGGUGCAGUCAACAUUGUCUCCAAGUUGGUCUCCCUUCCCUUCCAGAAGGUCAGCCAUAAGGUCGCUACUUUGGAUGCUCAGCCUCUCGGUACGGAUGGCAUCGUCAUUAGUGUCACCGGUCAGCUCUUGAUUGACGAUGAGACCAACCCUCAGUUCUACACCCAAACUUUUGUCCUGAAGGCCGAGGGUGGCAACUACUACGUCAGUAACGACAUCUUCCGUCUUAUCUACGCUUAAAUGAGUCUCCGCUAUAUCCGUUUUUUUAACUCUUUUGUCAGCAAUUUGGGAGAAGGAGGGAGCACAAAGCAGCGGAGGUAAUUGAUAAGCAAAGGAGACGAGUUCACUCAACAGCAAGACAACCAACAACAAAAAUAACAAAAACAAAAAAAAAAAAAUUAGGAUAGCCAACCGCUCGAUUAUUUUUUGAACGAACAAUAAAGGAAUUUUAAACAACAA